ACUUAGUCACAUACAGUAAUAUUCAGUCAUCAAAGAGAAGACCACCAGGAUCCAGAAUCCUGAGAGUGUGAAUAAAUAAGAGAGAGAGAGAGAGACCGACGCCCUUGAGAAUAGAAAUAUGAAGCCGUGGGGCUGUUGGUUUUAAAACCCAGGCCAGGCCUCAGCCUCAGGAAUGAAAUCAAUCACACACUACGCCAAAUAAACCCCUCUAUUCGCCAUAGAUUUCGGAGCCCGUAUUUAGAAACCCACGAGAGAAAACAAAAAAAAAAAAAAAGAAGAAAAGAAGAAGAAGAAAAAUUACACAGGAAGAGAAGCGACGGUUUUCAAGACGCCAUUGCCGUUGCUUUGCAAGCUUCAAUUAUCCCUGUUCUUCUUGUUUGUUUUGUUUUCCCCCUGAUUGCCAUUUUUGGGCCUCUAUACUGAUGUCGGCCAGUGGUGGAGCGAACUCCUGUAAUGGAAGUCCGAGACUCUCCGGGCCCACGACGAGGCGGAGAGUGACUGAUUUCGUAGACGCAGAGAAAUCUAGCUUCGAGGCUUUUACAGACGAAGAAAGCGGUGCCAGUGAUGAUGGUAAUGGUGGUUGCCAUCACCACCACCCUGUGAUUCGGUAUUUGUUGGUGCGUCUGAGACUCUUCUCUUUGCCGGAAUGGUUGCUGCUUAGCAUGGAAAGCAUGGUUAUGUCGAUGGUUUCGAUGGCGCAAUCCUUCAAAUCUGGGAAGAACUUGUGCCGGCGGAUUAUUCUGAUGCUAAUAUGUUUGGCGGUAUUUUCGGUAUUUUUGAAGUUUUCUUUAACGAAUAUCCAUGUGGAGAUGAAUGGGAAGAGGAGAGAGAGCGGGCUCUUUAUUCUUCAGACCUUUAAGGAGGAGUGGGCAAUGGCACAGAUGGCCGUGACCGAGAAAGAGGCCGGCCAGGCUGGGGUCUCGAAACGGGUCUUCGAAAAGCUCCCGGUUCCUGAAAUUUGGAUGAAACCAAACAGCGAUAAUUACCACAAAUGCAUUAAUCGACAAAAGAAUCUAACAAGGGGGUUGCAGAAGACAAACGGUUAUAUUUUGGUUCAUGCUAAUGGUGGACUGAAUCAGAUGAGGACAGGAAUAUGUGAUAUGGUAGCAGUAGCAAAAAUCAUGAAUGCCACUUUGGUUCUUCCUUCACUGGAUCAUGACUCCUUUUGGACAGAUCCGAGUGAUUUUAAAGAUAUUUUCAACUGGAAGCGCUUCAUAGAAGUUCUGAAAGAUGAUAUAGAGAUAGUAGAGUUAUUGCCACCUGAAUAUGCAUCUGUCAUACCGCUGCUAAAGGCCCCAGUUUCCUGGUCGAAGGCUUCUUACUACAGAGAAGAGAUGGUCCCAUUACUCAAGCAGCAUAAGGUGUUGAAGUUUACACAUACUGAUUCUCGACUUGCCAAUAAUGGUCUCUCCAGUUCAAUCCAGAAGCUUCGAUGUCGCGCAAAUUACCAGGCACUCCGGUACACAAGUGAGAUUGAGGAGCUUGGAAUGAAAUUGGUAGAUAGACUUAGAAAUGAAAGCAACCCAUACAUUGCACUCCAUUUAAGAUAUGAAAAAGACAUGCUUGCAUUCACAGGAUGCAGCCACAAUCUUACCUCAGAAGAAUCUGAGGAGCUUCGUGUUAUGAGGUACAAUGUCAAGCAUUGGAAGGAAAAGGACAUUGACAGCAAAGAGCGGAGGCUUCAAGGGGGAUGCCCAAUGUCCCCUAGAGAGGCUGCUUUGUUCCUCAAGGCCAUGGGUUAUCCUUCUACCACAAACAUCUAUAUAGUUGCAGGAGAGAUAUAUGGUAGCAAUAGCAUUGCUGCACUUCGUGCUGAAUACCCAAAUGUCUUCACCCAUUCCAGUCUAGCAACAGAAGAGGAGCUGAAGCCCUUCAAGCAGUUUCAAAAUCGCCUUGCUGCAAUGGACUAUAUUGUGGCCCUUGAGAGUGAUGUCUUUGUUUACACCUACGAUGGGAAUAUGGCCAAGGCAGUACAGGGCCAUAGAAGAUUUGAAGGAUUCCAAAAGACUAUCAGCCCUGACAGGCAAAAUUUUGUGAAACUGAUUGAUCAAAUGGACGAGGGUGUGAUAUCUUGGGAACAAUUCUCAUCAGAAGUGAAGAGUUUGCAUCGUAAUAGGAUUGGAUCACCAUAUCCAAGACAGAUAGGAGAGUUCCCCAGACUUGAGGAGAACUUCUAUGCAAAUCCUUUUCCUGGGUGUGUUUGUGAAAAGUCACGGGCACGAACCAGACAGCAACAAAUAGGUGUAAAGAACCACGGAUCUGCUGUGCAAAGAUAGAGGUUUUUUUUUCCUCCCUUUUAUGGGCCUUCUGUAAUACUGUAAAAUGAAAAACUCCCAUUCUGCAGAGAUAGCACAGGUAGAUAGUAUGGGCUUGUGUAAAGAAUUGUUUUCUAGCCCAAUUCAUAGGUUGUGGCAGCAUAUGAGUUUUGCUUCCGAGAGAGGGAUCUUGAGGCUCCUAAUUCUAUGUGCCAUCAUCACUAGUUCCAGUGUUCUACACAAGUUGAGGAAGACCGGCGUAGCUUUGUUUAAGGAGGUGGGAUCAAAAGAAGAUAUGUGGAAGGCAAAUAGAGUCCCAGGAAUAUAAGCAUCAUCCCAAUCAAAGAAUAGAAGAUAUAGUCCAUUUCAACUAUUUUAUUGCACAGUCACCAUUUUUUCUUCUAAUUCCUCCAUUCAGUUUUGACAUAUGAUGGCCUAAUUGGGCUUCAAUUAUUGGUUUGAAUAAUGUAUUAUUUGAUAAAGAGCAAAAUAGAUCUCUCUUUUCUGCAUGUGCC